AUGCCCAUCAUUGCUUCGUCCACGUUCAACAAACGUCUGGUGGAGAAGGUACAAAAGUAUCGAUCCGAGUAUGCCGAAAGCCACUGGAAAGUGUGGUCACAAAUAGCGGCCGAAAUGUCGCAAGAAGACGGUAAAACAUAUGCGCAAGUGCAUUUAUCCAAACACUUUAGGAACAAGUUGAUUCCGCAUCUCGAUAGCUAUGCGUUGGACGAGGAACUGGUCAACCAGUUACAGUACCCCUAUUUGCGUAGGUCCUCCCGUAAUCAUGUCGAAGAAAAUCAACGUAAUUCGGAACAAUCUUCCAUGGACACAACUGGAGAAACGGUCGUUGAAAAGAUACCAUAUUGUGUUGAUGUCACACCGGCGCCUCUUAUAGUGUGUACUGACCUCUCACUUUCGUUUUUCACAGAUCCCCAUGAAAGCGAUGCUGCGGUCUUAAGCGAAGAAGAUAACGAUGCGAACGACGCAACCGACGAGCAAAUGGUUUCUUCGAGAGAUGAUCGGGUCAACAAAACCAACCUUAGCCGAGAGGUUGAGGAUCAAUCAGAACCAAGCACGAAGCGAAUCCGGUUGGACAACUCAAUCAAACAAGAGGUAGUUACGAAUACAAUCGGCCCACAAGAUGAUGUUAUUGUUCUCGAUACUUCAUCGGACGAAGAAAUUGAUGCAGAAAAUUCGGCCACGCCACACGCGAGGAAUUCGUUAUCCGCAGUCAUCACCGACCGUAUUCAUGGAAGUGUUAAUGAAAAUCAACAUAAUGCUGAACAUUCUUCCAUGGACACAACUGGAGAAUGUGACAAUUGGUGA